CGCGAGGCUGGAAGCAGCGCGAGCGAGAGGAGCUGGUAUUGCCGGAGAGCGCGGGUUGCCACCAUGUCUUACAACUAUGUGGUGACAGCGCAGAAACCGACCGCCGUGAAUGCCUGCGUUACUGGUCACUUUACCUCAGCAGAUGAUCUGAACCUGCUGAUUGCCAAGAACACCAGGUUGGAGAUUUAUGUGGUUACACCGGAGGGUUUGCGCCCUGUCAAGGAAGUGGGCAUGUAUGGAAAGAUAGCUGUAAUGGAGCUCUUCCGACCAAAGGGAGAAGGUAAGGACCUGCUUUUCAUCCUGACUGCAAAAUACAAUGCCUGCAUUCUGGAGUAUAAACAGAAUGGAGAAAACAUUGAUAUCAUCACGCGGGCCCACGGAAACGUACAGGAUCGUAUCGGCCGCCCCUCUGAGACUGGAAUCAUAGGUAUUGUGGACCCUGAGUGUCGCAUGAUAGGUCUCAGACUGUAUGAUGGGCUUUUCAAAGUGAUUCCAUUGGACAGAGACAACAAAGAACUGAAGGCUUUCAACAUCCGUUUGGAAGAGCUGCAUGUAAUUGAUGUGAAGUUUCUGUACGGCUGUCAGGUCCCAACUAUUUGCUUUGUGUAUCAGGAUCCCCAGGGACGUCAUGUAAAGACCUAUGAAGUUUCUUUGCGAGAGAAAGAAUUUAACAAGGGACCCUGGAAACAGGAAAAUAUGGAGGCCGAGGCAUCAAUGGUCAUUGCAGUCCCAGAACCAUUUGGAGGAGCACUAAUCAUAGGCCAAGAGUCCAUUACAUACCACAAUGGAGACAAGUACCUCGCAAUUGCACCACCAGCUAUCAAGCAAAGCACAAUUGUUUGCCACAACCGUGUGGAUCCCAAUGGUUCCCGGUACCUACUGGGAGAUAUGGAAGGUCGUCUGUUUAUGCUGUUACUGGAGAGGGAGGAACAGAUGGAUGGAAACAUCACUGUCAAAGACCUUCGUGUAGAACUGCUAGGAGAGACAUCUAUUGCUGAAUGCUUGACUUAUUUGGAUAAUGGAGUUGUAUUUGUUGGAUCUCGUCUUGGAGACUCUCAGCUUGUCAAGUUAAAUGUGGACAGCAAUGAGCAAGGGUCUUAUGUUGCUGGCAUGGAAACGUUCACCAAUUUAGGUCCUAUUGUGGACAUGUGUGUCGUAGAUCUGGAAAGACAAGGACAGGGCCAGCUGGUUACUUGUUCAGGAGCAUUUAAAGAAGGUUCUCUGAGAAUAAUUCGGAAUGGAAUUGGGAUCCAUGAACAUGCUAGCAUCGAUCUUCCUGGUAUUAAGGGUCUGUGGCCACUACGUUCUGAUUCCACUCGUGAUACUGAUGAUAUGUUGGUACUCUCAUUUGUCGGACAGACUCGUGUGCUGAUGCUUAACGGGGAAGAGGUGGAAGAAACUGAAAUGCCGGGCUUUGUUGAUGACCAACAGACCUUCUACUGUGGAAAUGUGGCCCAUCAGCAGCUCAUUCAGAUAACGUCUGGUUCAGUGCGACUGGUCGGCCAAGAGCCCAAAUCACUAGUUAGUGAGUGGAAGGAACCAAAUGGGAAGAAUAUCAGCGUUGCAUCCUGUAAUAACAGCCAGGUGGUGGUGGCAGUGGGCCGUGUAUUAUAUUACUUGGAGAUCCACCCGAAAGAGCUCAAACAAAUCAGCUUUAUAGAGAUGGAGCAUGAAGUAGCUUGCCUAGACAUCACUCCAUUGUCUGAGGGGAGCAGUAUGUCGCCCCUGUGCUCUGUUGGGCUUUGGACAGAUAUUUCAGCUCGGAUUCUCAAACUACCAUCAUUUGAAACGCUGCAUAAAGAAAUGCUUGGGGGAGAGAUCAUCCCGCGGUCCAUUUUGAUGACAACAUUUGAAGGUAGCCAUUACCUGCUAUGUGCUCUGGGUGAUGGUGCUCUCUUUUACUUUGGACUUGAAAUAGAAACAGGUUUGCUGAGUGACCGUAAGAAAGUCACACUGGGGACCCAGCCAACAGUGCUGCGAACCUUCAGAUCUUUGUCCACCACAAAUGUUUUUGCCUGUUCUGACCGCCCCACUGUCAUUUACAGCAGCAAUCACAAGCUUGUUUUCUCGAAUGUUAACCUCAAGGAGGUAAACUACAUGUGUCCUCUUAACUCCGAGGGAUACCCUGAUAGCUUGGCCUUAGCCAACAACAGCACUUUAACCAUAGGAACCAUUGAUGAGAUUCAGAAACUACACAUCCGUACAGUUCCCCUUAAUGAGUCUCCAAAGAGAAUUUGUUACCAAGAGGCAUCACAGUGCUUUGGUCUGGUAAGCAGCAGAGUGGAAGUAUUGGACCCCAGUGGAGGGACCACUGUCCUGAGACCAAGUGCUAGCACUCAGGCUCUUUCAACCAGUGUUAGCUCCAGUAAGCUCUUCCCAAGCAGUACUUCACAGCAUGAAAGCUCAUUUGGGGAUGAAGUGGAAGUUCACAAUCUGCUAAUCAUAGAUCAACAUACUUUUGAAGUUCUUCAUGCUCACCAGUUCCUUCAGAAUGAGUAUGCACUAAGUAUUGUGUCCUGCAAGUUGGGCAAAGAUCCGAAUACAUACUUCAUUGUAGGCACAGCAAUGGUAUAUCCUGAAGAAGCAGAACCAAAACAAGGACGAAUCAUUGUGUUCCAGUAUUCUGAUGGUAAACUUCAGACAGUAGCAGAAAAAGAAGUAAAAGGUGCUGUAUAUUCCAUGGUAGAGUUCAAUGGCAAGUUGCUGGCAAGCAUCAAUAGCACGGUGCGAUUAUAUGAAUGGACUGCUGAAAAAGAGCUACGCACAGAGUGCAACCACUACAAUAAUAUCAUGGCCCUCUACCUGAAAACAAAAGGGGACUUCAUCCUGGUGGGAGAUUUGAUGCGCUCAGUGCUGCUUCUUGCAUAUAAACCAAUGGAAGGGAAUUUUGAAGAGAUUGCCCGAGACUUCAACCCUAAUUGGAUGAGUGCUGUCGAGAUACUGGAUGACGAUAAUUUCCUGGGUGCAGAAAACUCCUUCAACUUAUUUGUGUGUCAGAAAGACAGUGCGGCUACAACAGAUGAAGAAAGGCAACACCUCCAAGAAGUAGGGUUGUUCCACCUUGGCGAGUUUGUCAAUGUGUUUUGUCAUGGAUCUCUGGUAAUGCAGAAUCUUGGCGAGACCUCCACACCUACAUUGGGUUCAGUAUUGUUUGGCACAGUCAACGGCAUGAUAGGUUUGGUUACCUCGUUGUCUGAGAGCUGGUAUAACUUCCUUUUAGAAGUUCAAAAUCGACUGAAUAAAGUUAUCAAGAGCGUGGGCAAGAUUGAACAUUCAUUCUGGAGAUCAUUUCACUCUGAACGAAAAACUGAACCUGCUGCAGGAUUCAUAGAUGGCGAUCUUAUCGAGAGUUUCUUGGAUCUCAGCCGACCUAAAAUGCAGGAGGUGGCUGCAGGCUUACAGAUUGAUGACGGCAGUGGGAUGAAGAGAGAAGCAACCGUAGAUGAUCUGAUAAAAAUCGUUGAAGAGUUGACCAGAAUACAUUAGCUGAGCACUGGCUGUGCUGUCAGUUUCAGUGGUAUUGCUGGUAUUAUAAGAGGGUUGCAGUGAAUCCUUUAUAAACAGUAUGAACAGCUACAAAAGCAUCCAUGAAAUGAAUCAAUACUGCCGGGGACGCAAAGCCUCUUCACUCAUAGCUGUGUUUCAUCACUCCUCUGUUCUGAACUGCUGAGUUAGGACACCUUUAUUCAUGUGGAAGGGAACUUCAGGGAAGGCUGACAAAAAUGACAUUUUCCCUAGUGUCUGGUGUUACACAGGGCCAAAAAUUAAAUGAAAAGUUACCUCCAGAAGAUAUAUUAUUAAUUCUGCAAUUGUCAUUGCACUUAGCAGGAUGAAUAUGAUGUGUUAUAGUUUUUGAAACAAUGGAAAAGGCAGAAAUGAUAAGUAAUGAUGUGGGACUGUUGGGCAUCAAGUCAAAGGCUGCUCAACUUUAAUCCUUAGCUAAGUGCUCAGUGCAAAUAAAUGCAUGUAUUAAGAGUCUGCUGUGCUCCUAGUGAUUGUUCUUUUAAACUUUGUGAUGAAAAGUGUAAAAGUGGUUUCUGCAAGGAGGGCAGUAGAUGUUACAGUUUUAUAUACAGGGAAGUAGCACAUUGAGGUUAGCACUCCUGCAGUAAUGUCCUGGUACUUAAGUUUGAAUCCAGUUCACACUGAAGAUUCUUCUCAUUCUUGACUGGAAGUAUCAUACCAGAAUUGAAUUUGAGCUAGACUGAAGCCAGUCAUUUAUGCUGGUCUUGUUGAACCGAGGGCAGCUUAAUGCUUUGAAUCCAUAGUCACCAAGCUGACUGUCUCACUGAGGUGGUUGAUGUGGGAAAUUAAAAAACCGUGAUGCAGUCGGAGGUAGUUUUCUGAAAUUAAGGUUAAGUAAGGCACAUAAUUGGAAGUAUAGAAGUAGCUUUACUUUUAAUUUAACCUAUACUAUACCUGACCUAGGAAUAUCUGAUGCUGACACUGAAUGCUUAAAAUUGAAAAUAGUUCCGUUCCUGUGCAUUAACCAACAACAUAGGUAAAAAUAUAUAUAUAUAAAUUAAUAAAAAGUUAUUUGCACACAUGCAGCACUAUAGUUGGGUGCUGCUGGACUGUGUGCCUAAGACUGAUGAAUUGGCAUGUCACUUUUUGGUGCUGAGAUGCUAUAAAAAUGAGCCUGUGACAGCUGUUGGGGUAAAAACAUUUUUGUUAGCAUCCUGGAGUUCUUGAGCACCUUCUAUUUGUGAUAUAUCCGUGACCGAGCACCAGAUAGUAUCAAAGUAUUUUGUAAAGAACAACACAGAGUGUUAUAACUGUCACUUAGUAUGCCUUAAAAUGAAAGCAUAAUUAAUUACAGGCCUCAAAAUAAGUAGCAAAACUUGGCAAAUUUGCACUGCAGAAUUGGGCAUAUAUCACCCCCACCCCCACCAAUCUUGGCACACUUAGGUUUGGACAUGAAUGGUGGUGCGCAGCCUCCAAUGAGUAUCUGAAAGUAGCUUUGGUCAAUUAUCUAUAUAUAAAAAGAUCAAAAUCCAUUAGCUGCCUAAUGGGUCUUAAUUAUGCAUUGUAGUAAUGCUAAUGAGAGAGAACUUCUGCAUUGCAUUGAUGCAAAUCGAUGAUGAGGUGUGCCAUUCUUAAGGAUUGGAGUAUGGGGAUUAGUUUAUUAUAAUUUCAGAAUUCAGAUUUUCACAGUUGACCGUAUAUUGUCUGUCUUGCAUGUAAACCUUUUAUGGUCAAAAACUAAACAAUGCUUAAUACUAAAAAUUCUGAAGUGAAAAUAAUAAAAAUGCUGCAGAUACACAGGUUUGCAACAUCUUGGAGAACAAAAAGUUAAUUAAUAGAUCAAGUGGAACUCUCUCAGCCCCAAUUCUGGUAAUUUGAGUUUUUAGGAUCUCCCCUUGCCCCAAGAGGCUGCAUUUAUCAAAGCACGUGCUUUAGGAUUUAAUUUAUUUCUAAAUGUGAGAGAAAGGGGUUAAGCAGAAAUACACCCCCUCCCCUACUCAACAAAAACACUGGUUUUAAGGUGGCAGCACUAACCAGAGCAUAUCCUUGUAUGUGGGCUGAUAUUUUGGUUAAAAUAAGAACUGUUGGACAUUAACCUAGGUGAUGAUCUGAUGGUUGCUCUUAUUUGCAGCUGUUUCCAGGGCCUAUUGUGAACUCAGGCCUCAUAUUCCUUGAGAGGGAAUCACUGUGAAGAUGGUAUGCGGGCAGUGAAUAGUACAGUGUUGUGUGCCUAUUUCCUUUGAUUUAUAGGUAGAGUCCCCUUCAUAUUACUUGGAAGAAAUUUUAAGUUCUUCCCAUUGUGGCUGUUCAAAAAAAAAUGUGUCCUUUUGUAGGCUGAAAAUAAAACUGCUUUAUAAAUAAUGAACAGAUGUGCACUGUGCGCGAACCUUUUAAUGAAUAUCUGUUAUUUUCUUCAAUAAAUUUCAGUUUCAAAGUG